AUGUCCUAUUUUCCAAUUCAACAUUAUCGUUUAUUCAAUGAUCCAUUCGAUCGAUUCUUUGGUGAUCAAUUGAAUUUUUUUGAUCCAUGGCGUGAUUUUGAUACAUUUCCAACGGCUUUAUCAGGCUUUCCAAGUCCAUUUCGAUGGAUUCAUCAACCACAUCGAAUGGCUCGGAAAUCAGCAGCAUCAUCAUCAUUUUAUACAACAUCAAAUAAUCUUGCUAGUGGUAACACUCUUCUUCCUGUUACAAGUAGUAUUAUACCGGUUCAAUCCGAAAAAUUUCGUGUUCAAUUGAAUGUAGCUGGUUUUAAUCCAGAUACAAUAAGAACAAAAAUUGAAGGUCGAAAAGCAAUUGUCGAAGCUAAACAAGAUGAUCGCCAAGCUAAUGGUGAUUUUAGUGUCCGAGAAAUUCGAAAAACGUAUGAUCUUCCUGAAAAUGCUGAUUCAAGCAAUUUUGCUUCAUUUGUUACUCCAAAUAAUAUGCUUGUCAUUGAAGUACCUAUUAAUGUUCCUCAAAUAGAACUUCGCCCAUCUCAAACACUGGCUGAUUCUCAAACUCUUUCGUUAUUUGGUCAAUAUCGUGAUCCUAUUUUUGAUUAUCCAGGUUUUAUGGCUUCAUCGGAAUUCCGUCCACGCAUUAUUGAUAUAGGUAAUGGACAAAAACAAAUUAAACUAUCUUUAGCAGUAAAAAAUUAUCGACCUGAACAAAUCAAAGUUUCAGUUAAAAAUAAUGAAUUGCUUGUACAAGCUGAGCAUAAUUAUAAUGAUAAUAAUCGUUCAGAACGAUCAUUUUUAACGAAAUCUAUUAUGUUACCACCUGGUGCACAAGUUGAUCAAUUACGAUCAUUUUUAAAUCCUGAUGGACAAUUGGAAAUUGAAGCACCAUUUAUUGAACCUACACAGAUGCGUUCAAUUGAAGUUCAAUAUGCAUAA